GGAUGUGGUAGGCUCGGGAAAAAUUCUUUGGAGAGGAUUCUGGAAUGGUCCAUAUAUGCUUUCUGGAGAGGCAAGAGGGAGAAGAGAUCCCCUUGGAUCCACCAACAAAGAACCAUGAACUGGAGAAUGAGGCUUCCAGCCUGCUCUACAAAUUCCAGACUUGCCAGCCCCACAAUCGUCUGAGCCAAUUCUUUAAAAGAAAUCUUUCUCUCUAUACUUAUAUCCUAUUGGUUCUUUUUCUCUGGAGAAUCCUAACUAAUUCAAGGCAGAAGAACAAAGUCUGAGAGUGAAGAAGAGACUCUGAAUGGAGAAGAGUGAAAGAUCUACUCUCAGAUGAAGCUGACCUAUGGUGAAGAGCUAUGUUGCAGAAUAUGCUGCCAGAUGAAAAAGUCCAAGGCAUGGAGGGGCCAGCGGCCCGGGAGCUGCAGGGCGCAGAAGCACUGCGGCGCUUCCAGGGUCUGCUGCUGGACCGCCGGGGCCGACUGCACAGCCAGCUGCUGCGCCUCCGCGAGGUGGCCCGGCGCCUCGAGCGCCUCCGCAGGCGCUCCCUGGCGGCCAACGUGGCGGGCAGCUCACUGAGCGCCGCGGGCGCCGUCACCGCCAUCGUGGGGCUCUCGCUCAGCCCAGUCACCCUGGGGGUCUCGCUCGUGGCGUCGGCCGUGGGGCUGGGGGUGGCCACCGCCGGAGGGGCCGUCACCAUCACGUCCGACCUCUCCCUGAUCUUCUGCAACUCUCGGGAGGUGCGGAGGGUGCAGGAGAUCGCGGCCACCUGCCAGGACCAGAUGCGCGAGAUCCUGAGCUGCCUGGAGUUCUUCUGCCGCUGGCAGGGCCGCGGGGACCGCCAGCUGCUGCAGUGUGGCAGGAACGCCUCCAUGGCCCUGUACAACUCCGUCUACUUCAUCGUCUUCUUCGGCUCACGUGGCUUCCUCAUCCCCAGGCGGGCCGAAGGGGCCACCAAGGUUAGCCAGGCUGUGCUGAAGGCCAAGAUUCAGAAACUGGCGGAAAGCCUGGAGUCCUGCACGGGGGCUCUGGACGAACUCAGUGAGCAGCUGGAGUCCAGAGUGCAGCUCUGCACGAAGUCCAGCCGUGGCCACCACCUCAAGAUCUCUGCUGACCAGCCCUCAGCGCUGUUUUUCUGAGAACAUCCUUUCCCCGAAUGACGGAGGCCAGAACUCGUCCCCUUGGGAUUCUCCAGAUUUGUAGCUCCCUCACGAAAACACCAGGCUGUGUUAGGAGCUGAACGCAAAGGAUGAGAAAAACCGUUUCUGAAGUGUAUGUGUGUGUCUGUGGCGGGCGGGGGUGGGGGUGUGGGUCCUCACAGCUUUUUUUUUCCCCAUCACUGUGACAUCCCGCCUGGGGUUGAGUGCUAGGGACUGGUAUACGUGACCUCAAAACUAUUUUUCCUGUAUCAAAACUAUUCAGUCUUCACAUCACUGGCACGCCUGUUUUAAGUAGUUGUGUGGUCCCUGCCCGCCUGGUUUGAGCCGAGGCUGGGGGAGAGUGGGGUGGGGAGGGCAGAACUGCCACCCUAUGGGUCAUCUUCAAGCCCUACUAGGCUUUGAGGUCCUUAGAUUGCCUGUGAAAGGAGACACCAGCUUUAACAACUCUCUUCCAGAGUUUCUGAGCCCACUUAAGAUUUCCAGAAUCCAGAGCAAACAGACCCCCUCUGAACAGUGUAGGAGGGUUCAGGACCGAAGAGAGGCCUAUGCCAUCCCUUCCCCUCUCACAGAUCAGCCUGGGGAUAGAGUGGACCUUCCUGCUUCAUAUUCAGACUUCUAAGUACUCUGAAAGGGGAACAACCAGUCAUCUACAUGCUGCUCCCUGCAGAAAGAUGCUAAGGCCAGGGAAGAUGACGUGACCAUCAGCUUCAUUUACUGACAUUACAUUGUAGAGAAGAGAGCAAUGAGUUUGAGUUAGACAGUCCUGGGGUUAUUACAGACUCUGUCACUACUGUGUUAUCUUGGCCACUUAAUCUCUCUGAGAGUUAGUUGGCUUCCUGGUCUGUAAAACAGAGAUACUGAAACCUCACCCUGUUGUGAAUAUUAAGUGAGAUAAAAUGCCUAGCACAGUGUCUGGCUUACAAAGUAUGGCUCCUGGACGGGCAGCAUCAGCAUUUCCUGGGAACUUGUUAGAAAGGCAAAUUUCACCAUUCAACCCCUGAUUUCUGGAAUCAGAAGCUCUGGAGGUGGAGGCCAGCAACCCAUGUUUAAACGAGCCCUCGGGGUGGUUCUAAUGCCACUAAAGUUGGAAAACCACUGCAACAAAUGUUAGUUUCUGAUCCCUUCAAUGAGCUUUUACGUCUCAUGGCCUCUUUAGGAGCUCCAUGUUCUUCAGAGUCAUUCACUGAAGGUCAAGGACAGACUGUCCCAGAAGUAAACAAAGAAUGUGUGUGGGCACUGGUUAAUACAUUCUGGGGCACUUUCUAACCAUGUGAACUAAAGGAUGUAACAUAAUAAGCCCUUUAGAGGGCAGUGUUGCCCACUCAUUGUAGAAACUGGUACAGAAAGGAAUGUGAAUUUACUGGCAAUUGACCUUUUAUUACCUUCUCUGAAAAUCGCCAGACCAUGUAUUUUUUAAUUUAUUUUAAGUUUUUUUAAUUUAAUUACUGUUUAUUAUUUGCAUUUAAUUUUAUUUAAUCAUCACAUUUAGAAAAUAAUAGGAAUGGCAAGUUUCUGAAUGAGAGACUCCCAAGGCUCUUUUCAGGUGAUGAGGUUGAGUUUGACUUUCUGAGACUGGGCAUGAGCUGGAAAUAGCAUCCCUCUCCUAGAAUAAGUCUCUCUCCUUUCCACAUGAAGUAAAUAUGGGGAGUUCUGAAUAGAGAGAUCAGGAGCUGAGUUUAAGCUUAUAAAUGGAGGCUUGACUUGGGGGAUAGAGAAAUGGUGCAAGUAUAUUUAACCCGAAGGUACUUUGUCAGCAGAUAACUCAUGACCUGAUGAGAGAAACUAUUUAGUUCAGGAGGAAAAAAAUACCCAAUUAGAGGCAUGUGACAGAAGCACUUAAAUCUUGGAAGCCUGAUAUCCUGUGAAGUUAUGUCUUAUGGAUGAUAGACAAAAUAGCUUGCGUUAUUUUGGUAAUGGGUCGUAUUUUCACUUGGGGGGAGGGAGUUGUAAUAAAUUUGUAACCUGUUUCUAAGAAAGUACUUAUAAUUUCUUCAAUUUCCAUUCCUAAAACUGUAAUGUUGAAAAAUACAUUGAAAAAUCUUUGUGACCAAACACACACAAAACUUGGCUGUAUUAUUUAAUUCUUUAAAAUGCUUUAAACUUACCCAGUUUCCUCCAUGCUUACCAAUGAUGGCAGAGUGUCUGAGAAAGUAUAAUUUCAGUGCUAGGGGGAAGGGUUAGUGGUUUUAUAUUUUAAUUUUUCCUAUAAAUUGCAAUUGAUCUAUAUCCUGGUUUAUUUUGAAGUUGAUACUGUUGUUGUUUUUAAACUGGUGUCAUUUCCUAGACUACCUUGCACAGAUGCUAGUAUUUUGGAUCACUAGAAUGUACUUCACAUUGUCAUUUGAGUUAUGUCAUAAAGGUACAACCACUCUCUAACUCCAUCUUUUAUUAAUGCUUAAAUAUGAAUUAUAUUCUUCCAAUGCCUGAUCUGUUCCAUAGACAUAAACUGGGCACUUUUGACCGCAGCAGCAGCAACAGCAAACAUUUUCUAUCAUUAGGAUAUUUUGAGUGCAUCAAAGUCCUAAACUCCUGAAGUUAUCUAUUCAGUGGCCCAUUUUACAUCUAAUGAAGAGUGUCUACUUUGGGACAACACUUUGCACAUAAUAGGAGCUCAAUAAAUGCAUUUGAAUAAUUUAACGAACUGCUUAGCUACAUUAAUAGGAAUUUGUUGAUAAGGAAAGAACGUCCAUCCUCUAAUGCGUCUGUUAUAAAGAUUGGAAACUCUACCAGGAUCUAGUCAAGUUCAGUUAAAUGGAUCCUAUAGACAAAUAUUUAUUUAUUUCUUUUGUGGGAAUGUGAAUAAGGCUUUUUCUUAAGGCCGUCAUUCUAUAAACAAACAGAGCGAGAAUGGUAUGUUGUAAAGAAAAGGGAGAGGGGUAUUUAGAUCACAAAUAUACUUAAGAAAACUGUCCAGAGUUUGAAAAAUAAAUAUGUUUGUACUAAAGGUUUAAGUGCUUCUGUUAGUUUCUGUGGUGUACAAUCGUUUGGAUUGUUUUCUUUCACAAUAAAGGAGAUUCAUUUGGUUCUGCAUGUUGAGGAUUCAA